UCCAUUUUGUUCUUCCGCAUCCCGCCAGCCGUCACCGCCGCUUCUUUUUUAUGCUUCAAUGGUCAAAAACAUAAAAACCCAAAGUAUAUGUAAAAAGUACUUUCUGCAGGUUUUAGAGUCUAAAUUGUCUUCUUAAUCCGCAGACAAACAAGGCCACCGUUUUGAACCUUGUUUAUGAAUACCCCCACAAAUAUUCCUAACCUCUGCAUUUCUCCUCAUAGACUGUGAUAUGGAAACUAAUAUCAACAACCCAGUUUUUGUUUUACUUGUUUCAUCCAUUUUUCUUCUAUGUUCUCUUGUUCGGAUUUGUGAUGGGGUUGAUAUAAUCAGACAAGGCCAAACGGUAAGGGAUGGUGACACGUUGAUAUCUGAAGCUGAGAUUUUCGAACUGGGAUUCUUCAGUCCUGAAAACUCCACACUUAGAUUUCUUGGGAUAUGGUACAAGGUUGAUGUGAAAGCAGUUGUUUGGGUUGCAAAUCGAAACAAUCCAAUAUCUGGCAAUGAUGGAGCUUUGAGGAUUGGUGUUGAUGGUAACUUGGUUGUGUUCGAUGGUAAUAACAGUUUAGUUUGGUCAUCUAAUGUUUCAAGGUUUUCAUCGAACAACACGGCUGCAAUUCUCCAGAAUUCAGGGAAUUUUGUGUUAUCAAGCAAUGAAAGCAUUGGUGAUACCCAUGGAGUCCAUUGGCAAAGCUUCAGUCAUCCAACUGAUACAUUUCUGCCUGGAAUGAGAGUACCGGUGAAUUCAGCAAUAGGUGAGUACCGUGCUUUCACAGCAUGGAAAUCAGCUAAUGAUCCAUCACCAGGGAACUAUACUGUGGGUGUUGAUCCUCAUGGAGGACCACAGAUCAUAAUAUGGGAUCAUAUAAAAAGAAGGUGGAGAAGUGGUCAAUGGAAUUCAGUGAUUUUCACAGGUGUUUCCAAUAUGAGUAACAUUGCUAGUUUCUUAUAUGGAUUCAAGCUUUCUCAGCCUGAUGAAAAUAGGACACAGUAUUUCACAUAUAAUCCUUCAAACCCUUCUGAUUUGUUGAGAUUUCGAGUAGGGUGGGAUGGAAGGGAGCAUCAGUUGAGAUGGAAUGAGGAUGAGAAAAAAUGGGAAGAUCUACAAUUACAUCCUGACCCUACUAAUAGAUGUGAACUUUACAAUCUUUGUGGGAAAUAUGCAACCUGUGACAACUCCAAUUCUUUAAGUUGCAAUUGUUUAAAAGGGUUUAGACCAAAGUUUCCGGAUCAAUGGAGUAGAGGGAACUGGUCAGGUGGAUGUGAACGGAAGAUCGAGUUGCAGUGCCAGAGGACCAAUGGUACCGGUGAACCAGAUGGAUUUAAGGGAUUGAAGUGCAUCAAGUUACCCGAUUUAUCGAACUUGUUCCUGUCUGCAAGCAACUUAGAUGCUUGCGGAAGAAGCUGCUUGGGAAAUUGUUCGUGUAACGCAUAUGCAUUUGUUUCCGGUAUUGGAUGCAUGAUGUGGACAGAAGAUUUGGUUGAUAUUUCACAUUUGGAUCAAAGUGGAAGUUUAGAGUUCUUUUAUCGUCUCCAUCACUCUGAAUUAGAUGGCAGGAGGAAGAUAUCUAAACUUGUUAUAAUUAUAAUUUCUCUGGUGGGGGCAUGCAGCUUAAUGGUAGCUCUUUGGCUACUAUGGAUCUACAAGAAGAAACCAAAAGGUUUGCCUGCAGUUUCGUCAAUGCCAUGUUGCAAGGACAACGAUAUAGCAGUUCUUGUACAGUCCAAGUCGAAGAGCAAAGAAUUAUCAGCAGAUCUUUCAGUAUCAUCCGGCAUCCUUAUUGACGGGAAUCAAGUUAAUAGGCCGGAAUUACCAAUUUUUAACCUUGGUAGCUUGGCAGCUGCAACAAACAACUUUUCUGAAGGAAACAGGCUUGGGCAGGGGGGUUUUGGUGCUGUAUAUAAGGGAGAGCUUCCUGGAGGUCAAGAAAUAGCUGUAAAGAGGCUUUCAGCCAAGUCAUGCCAAGGCUUAGAGGAGUUUAAGAAUGAGAUUAUCCUCAUUGCCAAACUGCAGCAUAGGAAUCUUGUUAGGCUCUUAGGUUGCUCCAUUCAAGGGGAUGAAAAGAUGCUGAUUUAUGAGUAUAUGCCUAAUAAAAGUUUGGACUACUUUCUUUUCAAUGAGGCCAGGAAAGAAAAGCUAGAUUGGAGAACCCGCCUCAGCAUCAUCGAAGGCAUUGCUAGAGGACUCCUUUACCUCCAUCGAGAUUCGAGACUUCGAAUAAUUCAUAGAGACUUAAAGGCCAGCAACAUUUUGUUGGAUGGAGAAAUGAAUCCAAAGAUUUCCGACUUCGGGAUGGCUAGAAUCUUCGGGGGUAAUCAACACGAAGCAAAUACAGUUCGAGUGGUUGGCACAUAUGGAUAUAUGUCGCCUGAAUAUGCCAUAGAAGGCUUAUUUUCGGUGAAGUCAGAUGUUUAUAGCUUUGGGGUAUUGUUGUUAGAAAUCAUUUGCGGCCGGAGAAAUACUAGUUUCCGAUCAAUGGAGCACACAAGUCUUAUAACAUAUGCAUGGGAUCUUUGGAAUGAAGAUAAAGCAAUGGACCUCGUCGAUCCUUCCAUUCGGGAUUCAUGCUCCCCUAAUGAAAUGUUGAAAUGCAUUCACAUAGGCAUGUUGUGCGUGCAAGAUUCUGCAAUGCAUAGGCCAACAAUGGCAGCCGUGAUGUUACUGCUUGAGAGCGAAACACCGACACUCCCGAUGCCAAGGCAACCCUCUUAUGCUUCCAUGAGGAGUUCCAUAGAUGCAGAUUUUAUUUCAGAUGGUCAUGAAAUUGUAUCUUCAAACAAUCUUACUGUAACAAUGGUAGUUGGAAGAUAGCUUUGUACUUGUUUACUUCCCCUAUUCCAUUAUUUUCCUAUGUUGAUAAAUACGUAAUUCUUUUGUUACACUAUUGAUCAAUUAAAAAUUGUGAUAUCAUUGUUUGACACUA